UGUAAGGGGGCCAGAUCUCGAAAAAGGCCCAAUGAACCUACACAUUCAAAAGCGUCGAACACCAAAACCCUAACCCUCUGUCUCGCCACGUUUACCCGAGUCCAUCCAAAGAACCCUAACCCGAGUUCACCCGUUCUCCCCCAGCCUAAGUAGUUUUGGUACAUACAUAAUUUUUUCUGCAAUGGAGGUGGAGAUUGUUCGCCCAGAGUUGGUCGUUUUGGAGAGGAUGGUCUCUUCUGUUAUGGAAGCUGUGGUUGUGGAGACGGCUUUAGCUGCUGGGAAAUCUUUGGCCUGGUUUUUCUUGGCGGUAGGAUCUCUUUCAAUUGAUAUGUAUACGAAUCCAAAUGUACCCAGCACUGACAAAAGGUUUCCAAUGGGGGAGCUUCACAGAGUGAAACAACCUGAUCCUGAAAACAAGGAUGCUAGUGACACUGAGGACGACGACGACGACGACGAUGAUGAUGAAGAUGUUGAUGCAGAAGAUGACGACGGUGAUGAAAUUUCAGGUGAUGAGGGUAAUGAUAAUGAUGAAGGGGACCCUGAAGAUGAUGUCAAGGCCAAUGGGGAUGGAGGAAGUGAUGAUGAGGAUGAUGAGGAUGACGAAGAAGAAGAGAAUGAUGAGGAUGAUGAUGAGGAGGGUGAAGAAGAUGAUGAGGAUGAUGAGGAUGAUGAAGAGGAGCUUCCCCAACCACCUUCUAAGAAGAGGAAGUGAGAUAAACGUUAGGUGGUUCUGUUUUGUCCUUAUGGUAGGUCAUUGGUGUAGGAGGGGAGGAAUCUGUUGGUGUAGGAGGCGAGGAAUCUGUUGUUGUCCAUCUUCAUAGGGGUAGGAAAAUUUGCCAUCCUUCUUGUGAAUUAACUUGUUUUUAGCUAUUUUCUUAUGUUACAAUUUUCAUCAUCUUAUAUAUUUGCUUCUUAGUUUA